AUGCCUACCCCGAAAGCCGAUCCUGUCACUCCAAGAUUGUUUACACCCGAGCCUCUUCUACAUCCUGAGCGACUUUGCUCUGGCUCUCACGUUAUUAAUGGCUAUGCUAGCGCUAGUGCUAGUGCUAGUGCUACUCCCCAUGACUAUGAAACUGCCCCUGAGGUUUCUUUUGUUGAGACACCUGAGGCAAUGUAUCUAGAAGAGGAGGUUCAGGGGAUUCAACAGAAUCCAGAAGAUGAGCCUGAGAACGGAAUAAAUGAAAUGGUGGAUGAUGAUGAAGACGAGGAGAAGGAUAAAGAGAAUGAAAACGAAGCCGAGGAAGAUCAUAACUGGGUGGACAGUGGGUCUGAGUUUGUAUUGAACUCGCAGCAGCUUGUGGAAGCCUUGUCUCUUUGCGAUGAUCUCUUGCAGGUAUCACAGGACAGAGAAGGAAACGUAAGCAAUGGUGGCUCAAGGAACAAGCAGCCGUGUUUUGCUGAUUACGCGCAUCUAGGAACAGAAGACUUCAAACGGGAUCUGGAGGAUUGUCAGAGACUGGUUCUUGAUCCCUCCAACAUUGACCUCGAUACUCCACCUGACUUUCGUCUGAGCCAGCUGGAAUUUGGAUCAGAGGAUAGCUUUCUUGCUUGGGGCACUGGAAAGACUGAUAACUAA